GGCGCGCGGCCAGGCGCGCGGCCAGGCGGGCGUGUAACGGCCGUUGGCGAAACCGAGAGACUGAACCGCCGUUCGCUUCCGACGUGGUGACUAGUCAGUAUCCCUGAGUGUGCGAUUUCGCCGCAGUUUUCACGCCCACUUGACUCAAAUAACUGUGUUGAUGGCCAUGCAAGAGAAGUACCCAAAUGAGAGACUCUCUCAUGCUACCUCACCAAGUUCCAGUGUGAUUCAGAAGAGCAAUUCCUUGGGGACUGAAUGGCAGACCCCAGUUGUCUCCGAAGCCUUCCGGAGCCGCUUCAGCCGGUGUUCAAGUGUAGCUGACAGUGGAGAUACAGCCAUUGGCACGUCAUGCUCAGAUAUUGCAGAAGAUUUUUGCAGUUCAAAUAGCAGUCCUUCUUUCCAGCCCAUCAAAAGUCACGUAACCAUUCCAACAGCCCAUGUGAUGCCUUCUACUUUGGGGACCUCUCCUGCCAAGCCAAAUUCUACACCUGCUGGACCUUCUUCCAAUCUGCCUUUGUCAGGGUUAACUGAAAAUGUGGGAAUGAUAAGAAAUGGGGAUCUUGGUGCACUUAAACGUUCUCCAGGCCUGUCUAGAGACAUCAUGUAUCUUUGUGGUACUGCCGGAGAAAAUGGAAUUGAACAAUCCUGGUUUCCAGCAGUGGGCCAUGAAAGAGAAGAAGUGAGGAAAUUUGAUAUUCCCAAUAUGGAAUCUACCCUCAAUCAGUCGCCAAUGACGGAGACAUUUUAUUCUGAUCCCCACUACCGAGUCCACUUUCACAAUCCAAGAACCGACACAAACAAGGAUUUGUACAAAGUGUUGCCUGAGACCAAGAAAGCACCAGGCAGUGGGGCAGUAUGUGAACGGAAUGGACAACACCCUAAUGGCAGUGGAGUGCUCCCUUUGGGCCUCCAACCUGCUCCUGGGCUUCCAAAGCCUCUUCCUUCUCAGGUGUGGCAGCCGAAUCUUGAUUCUUGGCAUCCCCGGGAGCGAUCUUAUGAGCUUAGCACUUGUCGUCAGCAGUUGGAGUUGAUCCGUUUACAAAUGGAACAAAUGCAGCUUCAGAAUGGAGCCAUCUGCCACCAUCCCACUGGUUUUGCUCCUUCAUUGCCAACCUUAGAACCAGCACAGUGGAUCAGCAUCUUAAAUAGUAAUGAACACCUUCUGAAGGAAAAGGAGCUUCUCAUUGACAAGCAGAGGAAACACAUUGCUCAGCUGGAACAGAAAGUGAGAGAAAGUGAACUACAAGUCCACAGUGCCCUUUUGGGUCGCCCUGCCCCCUUUGGGGAUAUCUGCUUGCUGAGGCUGCAGGAAUUACAGCGAGAGAACACUUUCUUACGUGCACAAUUUGCACAAAAGACAGAAGCCUUGAGCAAAGAAAAGAUUGAACUCGAAAAGAAACUCUCUGCUUUGGAAGUUGAAGUCCAGCUCAUCAGAGAAUCACUCAAAGUGGCACUGCAGAAGCAUUCAGAAGAGGGGAAGAAACAGGAAGAAAGGGUCAAGGGUCGUGAUAAACAUAUCAAUAAUUUAAAAAAGAAAUGCCAGAAGGAAUCCGAGCAAAACCGGGAGAAGCAGCAGCGUAUUGAAACCUUGGAACGCUACCUGGCUGACCUGCCAACCCUAGAAGACCAUCAGAAGCAGAGCCAGCAGCUUAAGGAUUCUGAGUUGAGGAGCACAGAGCUACAGGAGAAAAUGUCUGAGCUGGAGAAUUUGCUGGAGAAAACCCGUGCAGCCUGCAGAGAGAAGGAGGUUCAACUUGAAAGCCUGAGACAAAGAGAAGCAGAAUUUUCCUCCACAAGACAUAGCCUGCAAGACAAGCAGUAUGUGGAGAAGAUCAGUGGAGAAGGUUCAACUCAACAGGAAGAAGGCUCCAAAGUGGGCAUGGAGUCCUGGCAGAAAGAAUGUGAUUCUCUCCGGAAGAUUGUGGAGAAGCAGCAGCAGAAGAUGGAUCAGUUGCGUUCACAAGUACAGAGCCUAGAACAAGAAGUGGCUCAGGAAGAAGGAACAAGCCAAGCCUUAAAAGAGGAGGCUCAGCGGAGGGAGACGGUCUUGCAGCAGCUGCGCACUGCUGUGAAAGAGCUCUCUGUGCAGAACCAGGACUUGAUUGAGAAGAAUCUAACACUGCAGGAACACCUGCGCCAGGCCCAAUCAGCGUCUCCAUGUUCACCAGACACGACCCAGCUGGCAUUUGACCUACAUCAGGAGUUGGCCAGUUGCCUUCAAGAUCUGCAGGCUGUUUGUAGCAUUGUGACCCAGAGGGCCCAGGGCCAUGACCCCAAUCUCUCGCUGCUCCUGGGCAUUCACUCUACGCAGCAUCCAGGAACUCAGCUAGAUUUACAGAAGCCAGAGGUGCUCAGGAAGAAACUAGAAGAGGUUCAACAGCUGCGCCAUGACAUCGAGGACUUGAGGACCACCAUGUCAGACAGAUACGCCCAGGAUAUGGGAGAAAACUGUGUCACACAGUGAAAAAUGCUGGAAGUGGGAUGGGCUAAAAUUAGCCCUGGAGGAUCUGAUCUUUGAACCCAGUCCAGCAGGUUUUGCCCCAACAAUCCCUUACCUCUAUUUGCUGCUAUUCCCAGAGUAAAGGGUGGGAGAGGAAGUAAGAGCCUUUAUCUGGGUAAAGACUGAUUAGGGAAAUCUGCCUUCAUUUCCCUACACUGGCUUUGCCUUGUCAGAUUGUACUUUUCCUUUCAUACAAAUUCAUUUGCCUUUUGCAGGUGGACUAAUAUAAGUCUUCACAGACUGUUCCCGGCUCCAGGCCGUAAAAGGCAAGCAAGGCUACUCAGCUACCUUCUCCAUCCUCUGAGAUGGCUCCACGCCCAUUUCCACUCCAUACCUUGAUCUGCUGAUGCCCAGAGUUAGUGGGGUUUGGGAAGACUGCCAGUAGUUAUGGCAGUUAGAAAAUUCUCAGGCUCCAUGUGCCAGCUUGUGGGAACUGAGCUGGCCUCCUAGUUUUUCUUAGGCCCAAUCUCACUGCUUUUUCCUCAGGGCUCUUCUCACAGAAGCCUCAGGGUGAUUAUUCAUUCAUUAAAAAAGAACCCCCUAGAAUUGGGGACUUGGAGACUAUAGCCAGUGCUCCAUCAUCUGUGCUCAGAUACUAUUUUACAGUAUCCUGUUGGAGAUCCCAUUCUCCAACCUACCUGUACUCUUGGGUUUUUGUCCUUCUCAUUAAUCUCAGGCCCCUUGGACUUAAAAAGUAUUAACUUUGUCCUGGUUUAGACACGAUUUACCCCCAGAAUGUUUCAUGGAAGCUAUGAAACUGCUCAUCCCCUGGCCCUAUGGGGAAGGCCCAUCCCCCUAUUUGUGCCUCUCAUGUUUGGGAUGAGUGCAGAGGGUUGGUAGCUUUCCUUUUCUAAGGCUUCUUGAAUGUUCAGAGACCCCAGGACAUUUUUUUUUCUUUUUGGGUCACACCCGGCGAUGCUCAGGGGUUACUCCUGGCUCAUGCACUCAGGAAUUACUCCUGGCGGUGCUCGGGGGACCAUCUGGGAUGCUGGGAAUCGAACCUGGGUCGGCCAUGUUGGCUGCGUGCAAGGCAAACGCCCUACCUGCUGUGCUAUCGCUCCAGGCCCCCCAGGACAUAUUGACUGUAAGAUACAGCUUUGUUUUCUGGGUUUGUUUUGUUUCUCUGGGACUUUUGGAUCCCCUCUGUUUUCUGGUUUUCUCUUGCUUCCUUGUUUAGGGAGUAACACAUAGUUUGUACCUUAUUGUCAGACUGGCCCAUGUUCUCUAGAUCUGGAGUCAGGCCAAGGAGGAGCCUUGUGGAUCUGGAGGAACAGUGAGUGGCUCACAAGCCAGAAUCAGCCACUGAGAUUCUUGCAAACAUCCUGGACCUCACUCUUAGGCCUCAAGUGUUUUUACAAGUUUUGUGUUUUAUUUAUGGAGUGACUUAUCCCUUCCAUUCAGAGCAGCUCCACCCAGCCAUCCCCUCAGCCUCUGGGUUCCUGCCUCCUAAAAACAGAGCACCUUGUUGGUCUCCACCCUGUGUUGGGAGCCCAGCCACCAUGCUCACGGGUAUGUUUCCUCAUAAAGUUUAUAAGCAGUUAUUUAUAUGAAUCCUUGUUAUGUCAGCUGGUUUGUAUUGCCUAUUUUGAUUACAAAAUAAAAUAUUUAACAGAC